CGUCUUCAGUUUAGAACUAAUCGCGUCUAGAAUCGCUCGCAUUUUAUAACAGCCGGCAAACUUGAGCAGGGCAACGUCGACCGCAAUAGAGAUCUAACAAUAAGUCUAGAAGUUUCAGAAGUUUUUUUUUUUUACUUAUUUUGAUUUAUUUGGUUCGAAUUUUUGUUUCUUUUCAUUCAUUUAUUUUUUGUUUUCUUUUCUUCGGCAAGGUGCAAGCGCGUAGAAGGUUUGGCAAAGCUCCAAAACGCACGUUUCAAUCGACAGGUCACGGAUCUUUUCAUAUAAACAAUAUACCUAUAAUGUCGGACAGCGAAGAUGCUGCAGGAAGCGAUGGGAGUCAACAACGACUUCAUAGGCCUAGCCUGACUCGAAAAAUGCGGAGAAGUAUUCGAAGAGUUAAAAAAAGCAUUAAAAAGAUAACCGAGGAUGAUAACGAUGAGGAAUCGACGAAGCCGGUACACGUAGUUCCGGAAAGAUUGUCGACCUUGGUUCUUCAGACGGGAUUUAAGAGGGAUGAAAUUUGCAAGAUUUACAGAGCUUUCAAACAACAUUGCCCGGGCGGUGCGGCAACGCCAAACGAUUUAAGUCCUGCUUAUGCCAAAUUAUUUCCACUCGGAGAUUCCACAAAAUACGCACAGGUCGUUUUCAACACUUUUGAUACUAAUAAAGAUGGGCUUGUUAGCUUCGGAGAUUUCUUGACCGGAUUGGCACUUAUCGUAAAAGGGAAACCUGAGGAAAAAUUGUCAUGGAUUUUUGGACUGUAUGACAUGAACGGAGAUGGGCAUAUCACGAGACAUGAAAUGUCGUUUAUAGUCUCAGCAAUUUAUGAGAUGGUUCAGACUAGCCAAACCAUACAACGGGCAGUGAACAAACACGUCGACAAACUAUUUGAAAAGAUGGAUUUAGACAAGGACGGAGUCAUAUCCAGAGACGAAUUUAUGGCUUGCUGUAUAAACGAUCAAACUAUUUACACCCAACUCUCCAUCUUUGACGAUCUCUGGUAAUUGAAUAUUUAUUGGGAAGGAUUUGAUGCAACUGUUUUCAUAUAAAACUGUAAUUAAAUAAACAUUUAAUAUAACAA